GCCAUUAUCAGUAAGCCUCGAAUCAAAAUUUCCAAACCCUCAGACGCUGUCACUGUCAUGGCCCGCCUUGUCACUCCCUCAGUUCCCAUUGAAAAAUCUUCUAUCAUUCAAUCGCAGAGAAACUUCAAUUUCUCAUCACAGAAUUUACUUCCCAAAAUCGAUGGCCUCAACUUCACUCGUGCUCCCCGUAAAAUACCGUUGUCCAUUUCUCGAGAGACCUCUGAAGUGCCGAUCAAUUCCGCACCACCAAAAGCCGCUAACCCGAUAAUUGUUAUCGACAAUUAUGAUAGCUUUACUUAUAACCUCUGCCAAUAUAUGGGCGAGCUGGGUUGUGAUUUUGAGGUCUACCGAAAUGAUGAGCUCACAGUUAAUGAGCUAAAAAGGAAGAAUCCAAGAGGAGUGUUGAUAUCGCCUGGACCAGGAACUCCUCAGGACUCUGGAAUAUCAUUACAGACAGUACUGGAACUUGGCCCGAGUGUACCAUUAUUUGGCGUGUGCAUGGGACUGCAGUGCAUGGGGGAAGCUUUUGGAGGAAAAAUUGUGCGUUCUCCUUACGGUGUUAUGCAUGGAAAAAGUUCUCUUGUGUAUUAUAAUGAGGCUGGAGAAGAAGGCAUUCUAGCAGGCUUAUCAAAUCCUUUUACUGCUGGUAGAUACCAUAGCCUUGUGAUUGAAAAGGAAACUUUUCCCCAUGAUGCACUCGAGAUAACUGCAUGGACAGAGGAUGGACUAGUAAUGGCUGCACGUCACAAAGUAUAUAAACAUCUGCAGGUAAAAUGGUGCUAAAUUUCUUUUGAUUUUGAUACUGUUGGGCGGAAGUAGAGAUGACGCUCAUGGAAAAAGAGGAUAUCUUUGUUUUCGAUAAUCCUAUUCCACUUCCAAUUAGCAGGAGGUGGAGAUCUGUAGAAUUUCCCAUUUGAUGGACUAUAUGGGGCAACAAUUGGAUUUUGAUAAGGGCAUUCUGGCAGCAUAUUUAUUAUGCUAGAGUCACAAUGCAGUCAUAGGAUUGCUAAUGCUUAAAUACUGACUACAGAACAAUCGGAUAAAUGCCUCUAGAAGGAAGCGGAGAAGCAGUAGGUGAUGCAAACAGUGGUACAAAAAAGAUCCAUAUCUUGAAAUAUCCACAACUUAGUGAAGGAAACUGUUAGAUGAUGUGAUUUGGUUUUGACUUUAUUGUUUAUACUUGCACCAAGAGUUUUGGGAGAUGAGAUGCUGCAGUCUCAUCAGAUGCAACGAGGACAUGUUUUAGCACACAGUUUUGUGAAUCACAACUUGAAGUCUGUAUUCAUUCUCCAUGUUUGAUUCAUGGCAUUGUUAUAGAGUAAUACACGAGGCUUAGCUUAAGCAUUUUGGUCUAGUUGGUAAGGUAAUGUUGCUUGGACUGGUCAUUAUCGAGAAUCAACCUUGUGUAUCUCAUAUUGCAGUAUCAUCAUGGAAUACGUGAAUGGGCUGAUUGUUUCACUGAUGAUAGUAGCAACUUCAGCGUGGUUCUUGGUGUCAUUGUAAGGACUAUUCACGGUUUCCAUGAAGCAUAAUAAUAGAAACUUAACAGAAGAACCUGCGAUCUAGAAGCUGUUUACGAGGAAAUUGGGGAACUGUAGAAUAGCAUAGUUGUCAAUGAUGAUAGACAAGUUCCACUCUUGUAGCUCUAACUCCCCCCAAUCACUCCAUUGCAAAGAAGGGCUAUGAUAUCUAUAUAUUAACUAUAAAUAACAA